AUGUGCGUGUCCAGGUGUCUGCGCUGUGUGGGCGUGGCUCUUGUUGCCUUGACGAUCGUCUCCUUCCUGUCAAACCUCUUCCUGUUGUUUCCACAUAUGGAGACGCGCUUCCUGUUGGAGGGUCAUGUGACCAGAGAGGCGCUGUGGUGCACCGGGCUGUGGGGCUCCGGACUCACGGUUCUUCUUGGAGCUCGUUCGUUUCUUGUGUCCAGUCACACAAGCGGCUGUUGUGCGUUCAGGAGCAAGAUGGUCUCCUUGGUCCUGGUCUCUCUGGUCUGCUGUGUAGUUGCUGGUUUCUCAUCUCUGGUGUCUCUCACUGGUCUGGUCCAGGGGCCAAUGUGUUUGUACAACUCCACCAGCAGAGGUCCGACAUGGGGCGUCCCGCUGAAGCCCACCGCCGACAGAGACCCUGGAUACUUGUGGAACUCGUCCCUCUGGUCCUCGGUUUGCAUGGAGCCUCAGGACGUGGUCCAGUGGAAUCUGGUCUGGUUCGGUCUUCAGUCUGGAUCCGGUCUGGUCCAAACUCUGCUGUGUGCGAUAAACCUGCUGAACGCAAUGAUGGGACUGGUGCUGGGACCCAACCAGGUUGGUCGGACUAAAGCCUGA